UCCAUUUUCGAUUUCCAAAGCUUUGAAAAAAGAAACUAAAAUGGCAGCUUUUUCUCAUCAUGAACAAUAUUACAGCAGCCUUGAUCCAGUAUUCAUCCCAACCGUUUCCAUGAAUAAAAUCCCUGCAGGCUUUCUAGAUGAAGACCAUAUGAUGAAUGCCUGCUACUUUGAUGAUCAUGGUCAAUUUAAGCAUAAUCAUCUUCUGGCAGCAGCCUCUGUUCCAUUUCAGAGCAUCAUCUCUGACCCUGCUGCAUCAUCAUCAUCACCCGCCCUUGAAAAUGGUGCCGACCAUCAUCAGAUUCAGGUCUCACCUGAUCCCAUGACUAAUAUUUAUGAUACCUCUGAACUGACAAUAAACAAACAUAGUAUUCCUAGUUCCUAUUAUUUAAACCACCAUAUUUCCAUGGCCAACAACACCAAAACUUCUUCUUCGGCCAACAUUUCCUCUCAUAUUCAUUCUAAGAUCAUGAAGAGGGCCAAGAAGCAAGUUAACAAGGAUUCAUUAGAUCCUUCAAAAGACUACAUUCAUGUUAGAGCAAGAAGGGGGCAAGCAACGGAUACCCACAGUCUUGCAGAAAGGGUUAGAAGAGAGAAAAUUAGUAGGAGGAUGAAGCAACUACAAACCCUUGUUCCCGGGUGUGACAAGGUAACUGGGAAGGCUACCAUGUUGGAAGAAAUAAUCAAUUAUAUCCUGUCCUUACAAAACCAAGUAGAGUUCCUCUCAAUGAAGCUGGCUUCCUAUGACCCCAUGUUCUAUGACUUGGAUCCUUUGAUGGUUGCACCUCAUGAGGGGAUGAGCGGUGGUUUAAUGCCUAAUGCGCAACAAUAUUGCAACUUGAAUCCUAGUACGUUUGACAAUUCGACGGGCAACAUACAUGUUUACGAUCCCAAUUAUCGAUGA